AUGUAUCCUUCGUCGUACGGCCGGCUUUGGCACCCCGGCCAUGGCAUCAACUUCAAGCCAGCAAGACCGGAAGAAGAAGCGCAUCCGCGAGUCGACAUGCUUCGCUCCUUGCACACGACCUCCGCAAACUCUUCGCAAAGCGCCGCGGCGGAAAGCAAUGAGAGCGAGUACAUUCUCUCCGAAGACAGCAGCGAGUCGAUAACAUCCGGCGACGAUGAUGUACCAUUCUCAACGGCGCCCGAGUUCCAGCCUGAGUCUGAUGCGGCUUCCACUACACUAUCCGACGGCACCAACGACCCCGAAGCCCGCGUUCUGACAGAUUUGAAGUUUCAAAUACCCGAAGAUGCAUUCCUUGAGGCUCAGAACGCGCCUGAUGGCUCGCCGGAGUCCUUUUACACUUAUACGCUCUACCGGGGACCCUCCGACGAGGAGGGGGAGAAGAAGGUCAAGGUGCACUACUGCAAGAGCAAGCAUACGAUGGAGCGAGUUUGCCAGUACUUCUUGGAGGACAAGGUCCUUGGUUUCGACCUUGAGUGGUAUCCUAGGGCGACCAGAAAAUCAGGCCCGAGGCAGAAUGUGUCUCUGAUCCAGCUUGCCAACGAAACUCGGAUCGCCUUGUUUCACGUUGCAUUGUUUCCGGCCCAGGACGACCUCGUAUCGCCAACCUUUAUCAAGAUCAUGGGAGACCCUAGCGUGGCAAAGACAGGCGUGGCUAUUAAAGGAGACUGUACUCGGCUAAAUACGCAUCUGGGAGUCCCUACCAGGGGUAUAUUCGAGCUCAGCCACCUUCACAAGCUCGUGAAGUACUCCAAAGAGGGCCAGUACGACCUCAUCAACAAGAGGCUGGUGCCGCUUGCCGUGCAGGUCAAAGAACAUCUCGGCCUGCCAAUGUUCAAGGGGCAAGACGUCCGUUCGAGCGACUGGUCCAGGAUCCUGAAGCCGGAGCAACUCAUUUAUUCGGCCACAGAUGCGUAUGCUGGCUUCCAGCUCUACCAUGAACUGGAGAGGAAAAGGGCCAGCCUUGAUCCGACGCCCCCGAGGCCACAUUUCGCCGAGCUUGUCCUGCCCAUCCGACUCGCAGAUGGAGCAGCCGUCGCAGCUGACGAUAUCGACGGUGCCGAGAAGAAGACAGACGGGAGCGUCUUCUUCCUGACUGAAGUCGAAGGCGAAUCCAUCGCCGAGAGCAUCCAGAAGGCACCUGCAGUCACUCCCAAGCGGACACAGCAGAAGGAUCCUCGAGUCGCCGCUGCAGAGGAGUGUAUGGCAAGCUAUAAAGCCUCGGCCGGACCGUUCCGCGCCACGGGGCCCGCGGUGCGAUCGUACUUCAUCUGGAGGGACAAUGAGGACCUGGAUCCAGAGGCCAUCGCCAAGAUUCUCCGCGAACCACCGCUACAAACGAUGACGGUGGUGACUUACAUCUUGGAAGCCAUCAAGCUGCAGACGCUGCCGUUCGACAAGAAGCGUUUGCGAGAGGAGUGCUUGUCCAGGCUGUCCACUGACUCUGGCAAGGGAAGAUACAAAUCCUUGGUGCAGGAGGCGAGCGAACCUGAUGCGUAG